AGCUGGGUGCGCGUGAGGGCCCGGGAGGGAGGGGGCAGCAGCCGUUGGGGCACGCCGCUGGUUCCCAGGGGCCAGCCUGCCGGUGGCGGCAGGCUCCCAGCAGCAGGGCCUGCCUGACACAGCCAGGCCCCCGGGGCCCACCAUGGAUGCCAAAACCACCAGGACCCCCACAGGGAGCUUGCAACAGCAGCAGCGUCCCGCAGGUCCAGGGGCUGCCGCAGCUCCGGGGACACGCUCACGCUCAGCUCCCGCACGCCCAGUGUCUGCCCCAGCUCCGGGCACACCCUCACGCCCAGUGUCUGCCCCAGCUCCGGGCACACCCUCACGCCCAGUGUCUGCCCCAGCUCCGGGCACACCCUCACGCCCAGUGUCUGCCCCAGCUCCGGGGACACGCUCACGCUCAGCUCCUGCACGCCCAGCGGCUCCCGCACGCCCAGGGGCUGCCGCAGCUCCAGGAAAACCUGCACGCCCAGCGGCUCCCGCACGCCCAGGGGCUCCCGCACCUCCGGGGACACCCGCACGCUCAGGGCCCUCGGCGCAACCCAAGAACGUAGCACUGGGUGCGCCAAAAGUUGCAACAUCAACACCCACCCAGCCACCGCAGGUGCCCAAGAGCGAAGCUGAGAAGGCCGCCAUGCAAAAGCGUGCGGAAGGACGGGCCCUAGUCCCAGUCAAAUUCAGGGACAGCUUCAAGCAUUUUUUCUUCACGCCCACGGGAAUGAUGAAGGUCAUAAGGCUGGGUCUUCUCAUAGGAGCACUAGUUUCUUUCAUCAUUGCGAAAGCCCAUGAGCCGUACAUAGCCAUCACAGUUCUGGAAAUCUGCAUCGUUCUUUUUUUUAUUCUAAUAUAUAUGCUAACCCUUCACCACUUGCUGAUUAAUUUAGAUUGGUCCUUACUUGAUCUUGUCAACAGUUUCAUUACAGCUGUGUUCCUUUUAAUAGUUGCCAUCCUGGCGAUGCAAGAAAUGGAAAGAAGGCACUUAUUCUAUGUUGGAGGGACCCAGUGUCUCACAGCGGCAAUCGUGUGUAUCCUGGAUGCGAUUGUGGUCACCAAGAAGAUGAGGGAUAAAAUGAGAAGAUUCCUGGGACUCGAAUAUGAAAGCAGUUCCUCCCUGCUCCUGGAACCCAAGAAGACACCUGAGCCAGGACCCACUCCGGCACCAGGGAAAGCAGGCAUGCCGGCAGCGGGGAAAGCACCCACGCCCGCAGCCGAGAAAGCACCCACGCCCGCAGCGGGGAAAGCAGGCACAACGGCAGCAGGGAAAGCAGGCACGCCAGGAUCCUCAAAAGCACCCACGCCGGGAUCCUCCAAACCACCCACGCCGGGAUCCUCCAAACCACCCACGCCGGGAUCCUCCAAACCACCCACACCCGCACCCUCAAAAUCACCCUCAGCAGCACCCGCGAAGGCACCGGCGAAGACACCUGCAAAAGCACCCGCGCAGGCAGCUGGAAAAGCACCCACGCCCGCAGCGGGAAAGGCACCCACACCGGCCCCCGCCGCAGACGCCAGGCGCGCAUCCACCCAGACAUCCUCAAAGGCAUCCUCGAAGCCAUCCACGAUGCCAUCCUCACGGGCACCCUCGCUGCCACCCUUGCGGACAUAAGCAUCUGUGCCUCGUCCCUCCCGCUAAUCCCACCGCUGAGCUUGCAUGCUGUCACCCUUCCCGGCCCACACGCGAUCAUAAAAUCAGGGCUGCUAAGUCGGGAACAUCUGUGCUUCCUCGUGUUGCCUUGUGUGAAAGUCGAGUUACCGUUUUUUCGCGCGGUGCCUGACGAGGCUGCCCCAGGGGGCGGUGGCCAGGGCCUUGACCCCGCUGGGCUUCCCACCCAUGCAACCCGCCUGCGGCUGGGGCUGGGGGGAGAAGAGGUGGGGGCUCCCGCAUGGAGGUGGGCAACCCUGGAGGCAGUCGGCUGGCACCCACUGGGGUCCUCGCGGUGCGACCGGGCAGCGGUGGCGCGGAGCCAGGUGAUGCGGCACCGGGAGACGCGGCGCGCGGGGGAGCGCCAGGCGUUGGCGUUCGCCAGUCCUGGCCGUUGGCUGAGCGGGACCUCUGAGCAGGUCGGUGGGCACCAGGCUCGCUCAGAGGCCAGGCCUGUCGGGGGACAGCGGGAGGGAUCGGGUAGGCGGUGAGAAGUUAAGAACUCCCACGCAAAGAUGGCUGACAAAGGCAAAAAGGGCAAAGCAGCAGCCCCGGCACCCGAAGCCGCGCCCCCUCCGGGGGACCCCCAACCC